UAUAAGUGAGAUAAAGUUGCCGGUGACGGGUAAAGCACAAGAAGUAAAUAAUCGCACUUUUGAUUUUCAACAGGCUUACACUGAUUGCUUCGAUAUCCAGGUUGUCAUAUUUUGAAUCAACUAUGUUCAGCUGUGUGACAUUUUGGAUGGCGAAAAGUUGAAUUUUCCUGAAUGAAUGAAUAAAUUAAUUUUUAUUUCAAGAGAAGAAGAUCACAGUUACAUAAUAGAGUACGUGUCGGAGUUGAGUAUAGUUUUAUUUUUGUAUCCUAAUUAGAUCAAAAUACAACGGCGCUAGACCCUAUUCCUACUUUAUAAAGCUACACCAGUCAUCGAAACUAUGAAAAGAAACGGAUACCGAAAAUAAACCCAAAAUUUCCAGGCAAUUUAAAUAGGUUUUAAUAUGUUUUGUUAUUAACAGUACUCAAUUGUUUCGUAAGUUAAGCGAUUGUGUGUUUCAUUAUAUAUCUUAACAUCUGCGAACAAGUAACUUUUAUAUUAGUGUAGCAAGAGACACUGAAAAAAGAGAUAAAAUAUCGACUAAUGGACUUGUGUUUACUCUCUACUAGAUGAUAUAAGUAAAUUUGUCUGAGAUACUUUCGACUUUAUGAUAAGAAUAUGAAAUUUACCAUAGUGCUAUCACUCUUUUGGAUUCUAAGCGAUGCUAUGUCAUGUCCGCUCGGUAAGGUGGUCUGUUGCCAGUAUAUAAACAACACUUCCUGCCAGUACGCCUGCACAGCACAAUCAAUAUGUAUAGUGAACUUGACUAGGUGCUUACAAGAAAUGAAUUCUAGGCAUACUCAGGUAACUUGUGGUAACUCAAUAGGCAUGGGUGUAUGUUUAAUAAGAGAUCAUAAUCAGGAUAUUUUUUAUAUAUGCAAUGGAGCGGAAGUGAUUAUGGUGCCAGACGAACAGGUAGUCCCGACAAGUAAGGAAUCCGAUUCACAAUCGUACGCAGCAUCGGGGGAGGAAUCCAUAGCGUUGCUGGAAACACUCAAUGAUGAAGUGUACAAAUGCGUUACAAAGUGUGAAGAACUGAAAGGUAACAUUGAUUUUCCAAAUGAAGGACCGAGCCUUCCACCUACCACUUCCAGUCCUACAGAACGGCAGACAAGUUUACCAACUCGUUAUGCAAAUAAUGACAAGAAUCUUUCAUCUGCCACUUUUAGUCCUACAGAACGACAGACAAGUUUACCAACUCAUUAUGCAAAUAAUGACACGAGUCUUUCAUCUGCCAGUUUCAAUCCUGCAGAACGACAAACAGGUUUACCAACUCAUUAUGCAAAUAAUGACACGAGUCUUUUAUCUACAGUCUCAUAUCAACAUAAACGGAAUAAGAUUAAGACUAUUGUCUGUGUUACAAUAAUUGCAUUUUUGAUAGUUAUUACCAUCUUUGGAGUUUUGUGUCAAAAACGACGUAAAAAAACAAGAACUGCAGUGAAUAUACAUAUGGAUAAUCAAACAUCGACAACAGAUCUGAAAUUGUUGAGCUUAGAAACAGGUUUGCAAGUAAUUGGUAAUGACAAUUCACGAAGCCAUGACGAUGAUCAUUCGAUUACGCCCAACUCAACACACCGUCAACUAGAGCAACCCCAACCACAGCAGUUCGCCGACCACGCGACACAAGUACAUGGACUUCAGGACACUAAAACUUUGGCGUCACUCGAUGCUAAAAACGUUAAAAUCCACACUUCCGAAGCAGUAUCUCUGAUGUCGCUUGGAGGUGGAGAGGUUCGGCCUCACAUUCCUAGGGUAACACUUCUGACAUCACAGAAUGUUGAAAAGGCUCAGUAUCACACCCAUGAUGGUAGAACCCAUAUAUUUGAGUCUUUUAAUGAUUACCAUGAAUACUCGUAUCCGGAUGAUCCUGUGCUUGCACAUGGUUACUGGGUUCAACAGCAACCAGAGGAUUACUUUUCUGGAGACGAGGACUACAGCAUACAUGACAAGGUGCGGACCUCUAAAUCAUCUGCUGACAGCAAUACCAAUGACGCAAACGAUCCUAGAACAGAUCCUACACCAUUCUAUUUUACAUUGAAUGAAUCUGUUGGUAGUUUUGAAUGCAACAUUGAUGACGGGAAACUAACCUCUCAUGUACAAACCGAGGAUAGCAAUAUUAAUGACGCAGAUGAUUCUAGACCAUUCUAUUUUACAUUGAAUAAAUCUGGUACAAGUCUUGAAGGCAACAUUGAUGACAGUAAUGCUACUGAGGCAAACGAUCAUAGACCAUUCAAAUUUACAUUGAACAGACCUACCCCUGGUGCUAGCCUUGAAGACAAUGGUGAUGACAGGAAACUAACCUGUAGCGUAAAACCCUAG